GCAGACAUGGGCAGUUGCGCUGGAGCGCGCCGGGCGGCCACAGCGCUGGGCGUCAUUGGGCUGCUGGGCGCCGUACUGGGUGCUGUCAUGAUCGUGGUGGUGCCCUCGCUCAUCCAACAGCAGGUCCUCAAGAAUGUGCGUAUUAACCCAAAUAGCCUGUCCUUCAACAUGUGGAAGGAGAUCCCUGUCCCAUUCUACCUCUCCGUCUACUUCUUUCACGUGGUCAACCCUGAUGAGAUCCUGAAGGGCGAGAAGCCAGAGGUGCAGGAACGCGGGCCCUACGUGUACAGGGAGUUUAGGCACAAGACUAACAUCACCUUCAAUGACAACGACACAGUGUCUUUCCUUGAGUACCGCAGCUUCCAGUUCCAGCCCGACAGGUCCCACGGCUCGGAGAGUGACUACAUCGUCAUUCCCAACAUCCUGGUCUUGGGAGCGGCUAUGAAGAUGGAGGACAAGCCCAUGACCAUGAAGCUGGUCCUAACCAUGACACUUAGCGCAUUCGGCCAGCGUGCCUUCAUGAACCGCACCGUUGGCGAGAUCAUGUGGGGUUACGAUGACCCUCUUGUGAAUUUAAUUAACAAGUGGUUUCCAAAUAUGUUCCCUUUCAAGGACAAGUUUGGGUUAUUUGCUGAGCUCAACAACUCCAACUCUGGGCUCUUCACCGUGUUCACGGGCGUCAAAGACUUUGACAAGAUUCACCUCGUGGACAAGUGGAACGGGCUUAGCAAGCUCAACUUCUGGCAUUCCGACCAAUGCAACAUGAUCAAUGGAACUUCCGGACAAAUGUGGGCACCAUUCAUGACUCCUGAAUCCUCACUGGAAUUCUACAGCCCUGAAGCCUGCCGAUCUAUGAAGUUGAUCUUCAAGGAGGUAGGGAGGUUUGAAGGCAUUCCCACCUACCGCUUUGUGGCUCCCACCACUUUAUUUGCCAACGGGACUGUCUACCCACCCAACGAGGGCUUCUGCCCAUGCCUGGAGUCUGGGAUCCAGAACAUCAGCACCUGCCGAUUUGGUGCUCCCCUCUUUCUCUCCCAUCCUCAUUUCUACAAUGCAGACCCGGUCUUGGCUGAGGCGGUGCUUGGCCUCCAACCCAACAGACAAGAGAAUGCCUUGUUCCUGGAUAUCCAUCCGGUGACGGGGCUCCCCAUGAACUGCUCCGUGAAGCUGCAGCUGAGCCUCUACACCAAGGCGGUCCAGGGCAUCGGACAAACGGGGAACAUCAAACCUGUGGUCCUGCCCUUGCUGUGGUUUGAAGAGAGUGGAGCAAUGGAGGGCGAGACUCUGCACACCUUCUACAUGCAGCUGGUGUUGCUGCCCAUGGUGCUGCACUACGCUCAGUACGUGUUGCUGGCGCUGGGCUGCGCGCUGCUGCUCGUCUCCGUCAUCUACCAGAUCCGGAGCAAGGAGAAAUGCUAUUUAUUUUGGAGUAGUAGGAAAAAGGGCUCAAAGGAUAAGGAGGCUAUUCAGGCCUAUUCCGAAUCCCUGAUGACCUCACCUCCCAAGGGAACUGUACUGCAAGAAGCAAGGCUCUAG